AGGUUCGAUCUCUUCAACCUCGACCAGUUCAAAUGACAAUGUCAGCCUUUCUUUCCGGAAGUCUUUUCGUCGCCGCCUUCCUACUGACCUCAUCCUUUCACCACAACGAGUCCCGAGUCUUCACCCACUACACCCCACAUUCAUUCCAUUCAUUCCUUCACGACCUUAACGAAAUGAACACGAUUCCAUUCCCUACUCCUCGUACUCCUAAAGGCUACAGAUUCGCUGCAGACCCAACUUCACCUCUUGCCAACUACGGCCAGCCUCUACCCUUGGAACUACCUUCAUUGAAGUUUUGGAAGGAUACUUGUCGAGCAAAUUCGUUCUCUUCUUCCUCCUCGUCUGGUAGCGACACCAGUAAUCGGAGCACUCGUCAGCCUACCGGUGUCCCUCCCGCGCUCGGUCGAGGAAGAAACUGCACUCUUGAAGACGAGAAUGAUUACCCUACGGAGCUUAUUGAAGCACCUACAUUCAUUAUAGAGACUAUUACCACUCGUACUGAAAUCACGGAGGAAGACAUCUUUUUGGGAACUGGCAACUUGAACUUGAACGAUCGUGCAUUCACUUUUGUGCGCAAACGGUUCAAGCAGGUGUUGGCGAAGGGCGGAGUCAACAAGAGGAAGACCAGCAAGAAGAAGAGUUCUCAUUGAAUACUUUCCCGCAUGUUCUGUUUGCCUCACUGGCUGCUACAUUCUCCUUUUCUCUUGCUCCACCAGUACUGUAGGGCCAAGUAGUACUUUAACUAGUAUAUAGCUACUUCCGACCU